AUGGAGCAAGGACGGUCACAGAACUUCAGGAAGUCAGACCCAAGCGCAUGGCAGUUCUCCAACGAGCACUUCAUUAGGGGGCGUGCCGACCUGCUGCACUUGAUCAAACGCAAAAACAAGGCAUCAGCCUCCAACCACGACAACAACAUCGUGCCGGGAAACGCUGCAAUCGAGGUGGGGUCCUUUGGAGGGGUCAUGGAUGAGGUGGAGGCACUCAAGCGCGACAAGACUGUGCUCAUGCUGGAGCUUGUCCGCCUGAGGCAGCAGCAGCAGGCAUCAGAUGCGGAGAUCCGGACGAUGCAGGCAAAGGUGGAGAAGACAGAGCAGGGGCAGCAGAAGAUCAUGAGCUUCCUGCAGCAGGCAGUCAGCAACCCGGCCUUCCUGCACCAGCUGCUCAACGCCCACCAGUCCAACAACCGCAUGUCAGAGGAAGGGCGCAAGAGGCGGCGGGCAGUGCGGCCUGGGGAGAGGGCUGACAACACCAAGGCGCUGAUCAGCUACCAGCCGCAGGAGGAGGACUUCAGCUCUCCCUUCUUGCACCUGCUGCAGCGAGAGGGCCACCACAACCUCCAACGCUCCGCCAACCCCCUGCUCCCCGCCAAUGGCGUUGAGAUGGAGAUAGAGGGGCUGAGCGACGACGAUGUCAAUAAUGCUGACGUGUCGGGGCUGAAUUUUGACCACCUGAAUCUGACCUCUCACCAGCCAGUGCGCUCUGCGGUGACCAUAAACGAGCACCUGCCCCAGGAGCUGCCCACCCUCGAUGACAUUCUGCAGCCCAUGCACAUACCCCAGUCCUCAGGGUAUCAGGCGCCCUCCUUCCCAUCCAAUGACAUUGGCGCCUCCGGCCCGUUUGCGCCGUCCAACGCGAGCGCGACCGACUUUGGCAUGCCCGAGAUUCUGCCCAACGUGCCGCUGCCCACUGCAGACCUGCUCAACUCCCUGGGCACCGCCGGCGACGGCAUGCCGGUGAUCCCAGAGAGCUCCCCGUUUGCGGCGACGAGCGCGCAGGCAGACGGAGGCGGCGCAGCGCAGAUGCUGGACCUGCCGGCGACGGACUACCUGCUGGGGGAUGUGCCCGAGGGCAGCCAGGAAUUUUGGCAGAUGCUCAACAGCUCCAACUCCCUCACCGCGGAGCUGCCGCCCUGGUCGCAGGAGAAUGGGGCCUCCAGCGAGGGGCUGCCCUUCCUCAACAACGGGUUCAAGGAUGACGUGCAGCUUCAAGACUCCAUGCAGCAGGCUCCUGUGAGAGCUCUCUGA